AUGUCCCACUAUGAGAUAUUGGGGAUACAGCCGAAUGCAACUGAUGAAGAAGUAAAGAAAUCAUAUAAAAGGCUUGCUAUCAAGUAUCACCCAGAUAAAUCAAGUGAUCCUCAACACCACGAGCUAUUCAUCAAGAUCCAAAAGGCGUACGAAACGUUGAAAGAUCCCAAAAGUAGGAAUCAAUAUGAUUUGGAAACAAUUCCAGCUGCAUCAUCGCCUCGUUUCCCCUCCACAACUCGCGGAGCUACAACUACAACUACACAUCACACAACAUCGUCCCCUGGAGCAAAUUCUUAUUAUAGCUACACCACAUUCUCGACAACGUCCAGCAGCUACUAUGACUUUUACGAUCGAAUGAACCCAAAUCUAAAUAGAAGAAGUAAUGUAAGAGAUUACAGGACUCAGCCACAGCCAGAUGAAAUAGAGAGGCGAAGGAAGCAAGAGGAAGAGAGAAUCAGGCUAGAGCAAGAGGAGCGAGAAAGGCAACAGCUUGAUCGUAGAUUGAAAAGAGAAGCACAGAUACGAAUGAUGAAGGAAUUGGAGAAACAAAGGCAAGAACAGCGAAACGCCAGCCGGCCCUUUGAGAGUCAAAAUGGCUAUGACCAGAGAAAGAGGGAUGCAUACGAACGGGCCCACGGCAUGAAGAAGGGCUCAAGCAAUGAUCCUAUUGUAUUGAGCGAAGGAGAAUCCGAGAGCGAUUUAGAGGUCACUGCAGAAAGUAUACAAACUGAAGUAAAGCAAGAGGCCCAUGAUCGUGAAGAGAGUGCAGAAGAAGAUGAAGAAGACAAUGACGGAGAGGAACAGGAAGAAGAGUUCUUUGAGCCUGGUAAAAGGGGAGAAGAGAGCUUUGCAUUUAAAAGUAGUUCGAACCAAAAUAAGAAUGGUCCAUCUCCAUCACCUUCUUUCAACACGGAUCCAUACGCUGAAAGGUUGUUCCCCAAUAUAUCGUUGGACGAUUACUUUGAUUUAAACAGUAACAUGAAACUCAGAGAGCGCCAACAACCACCUCGAUAUAAACUGUUCAUGGAAAAGGGAUCACUGCCAAAGAGAACACCUGAAUACGGAAGAUCGACCACCGAAGCUAAUUUUAGUAAUGUUCGAGGUAACAAAGAUCAAAGAGGGUCUAAUAAAAGAACAAAGUUGAACAACCACUGGAAUCUUAAUGACUUAUCUAGUACUUUGGAUAGUACAAAUGCAUUUGAGACUAAUCCAAUGGAUGAUCUCUUUGAAAGUUUGCCAAACGACUUAAGAAAUGACGAGGAAGCCAGACAAAGAACUAGGAAAGCUCUGAGUAACUUGACCCAUGAAAACACGAAGAAGCCAAGGUUUGAAUUUACUGAUGGCCGAGCAAGAGCUGACACUUUGCACAGACCAGUGAACGGAACCCAAUAUAAGGCGUACGCGGCUUUACAAAUGCUGGAUCUUGAUGCAGAUCCAGCUAUUUUGGACGUAUACCCACCUGUGAAUCCAAGAUUGAACCAUAUAAGUCCUGAAUUGAUUAGCCAUGCUAUGAGAAAAUAUCUUAAAGAUUUCUUCGAAUACAAAAAGAAAAUCUUACAGUACCAGAGCCAGAGAAUGGAGAAAGACCAACAACUUUCGGAUACUCUACUCUCCAGCACUUCCAACUUCAACGUGUAUAGCCAAUGUUUGUUACAAGAUGCUGUGGUUUCUGAGCGGUACCUGAAAGCUCUCAUUGAGAACUCAGGUGUAUUUAGAGAUUUUCAAGAGCUUAUCUCAGCGAAUAAGUGA